AUGGCGUCUCCUUCUCCGUCCUGCCGUGGCAGCGGCGGCAAUAAGGCGGACGUGGACCGGAUCAAGGGCCCCUGGAGCCCCGAGGAGGACGAGGCCCUGCAGCGGCUCGUGGCCCGCCACGGCGCCCGCAACUGGUCCCUCAUCAGCCGCUCCAUCCCGGGGCGGUCCGGCAAGUCGUGCCGCCUCCGGUGGUGCAACCAGCUGUCGCCGCAGGUGGAGCACCGCCCCUUCACGCCCGAGGAGGACGACACCAUCCUCCGCGCGCACGCCAGGUUCGGCAACAAGUGGGCCACCAUCGCGCGCCUCCUCUCCGGCCGCACCGACAACGCCAUCAAGAACCACUGGAACUCUACGCUCAAGCGCAAGUACUACGCCGCCUCCGCCUCCGCCGCCACCGGCGAUGCGGCGGCCGGCCCUGGUGGUGGUGCUGAUGCCGACGACGAGCGCCCGCUCAAGCGCACCAGCAGCGACGGCCACCCGGGCCUCUGCUUCAGCCCCGGAAGCCCGUCCGGGUCCGACCUCAGCGACUCCAGCCACCACAGCCUUCCCUCCGUCAUGCCGUCAGCCGCAGCCGCUGCCGCCGUCACCUCCCAGCAGCAGCAGCAGCACGUGUACCGCCCCGUGCCGCGCGCGGGCGGCGUGGUCGUGCUCCCGGUGGCGCCGCCUCUUGCGCCGCGGCCGCCUUCUCCUCCUCCGCCGCCGCAGCAGCAGCCGCCUCCGGCGACCUCCUUGUCGCUGUCCCUCUCCCUGCCAGGGCUGGACCAGCAGCAGCCCGAACCAUCCCCAACGAUGCCGGCACCGGCACUGCCUCAACCUCCUGUACAGAUACAGCGGCAGCAGCCAGCUCCUCCUCAGAUGCCGCCGCCGCCACAAGCACAACCGAGGUUGCCGUUCCAGCUGCAGGCGCCGGCGCCCGCGACGAACCUCACGUCGCCGCAGCCGGCAGCAGCGCCGUUCAGCUCGGAGUUCCUGCUGAUGAUGCAGGAGAUGAUCCGGAUCGAGGUCCGGAACUACAUGUCCGGGUCGGGCUUCGAUCCGCGCGCCGACGGCGCCGUGCACGCCGUGAGCAAGCGCAUGAUGGGCAUGGCCAAGAUCGAGUAG